AUGCAUAUCGUACGUACGUACGUACGUACAUACAUACAUACAUACAUACAUACAUACAUACAUACAUACAUACAUACAUACAUACAUACAUACAUACAUACAUACAUACAUACAUACAUACAUACAUACAUACAUACAUACAUACAUACAUACAUACAUACAUACAUACAUACAUACAUACAUACAUACAUACAUACAUAUAUAUAUAUGUAUACGUACGUACUUGGAAAUGGGAUGAUGCUUGAAAAUCUAUGCGAAUUAUCAUCUUCUCUAUGA